UAGUGCGCGAUAACGGCGGGAGUUUCUCUUCCGGAGCGAAGAGUCACCGUCCGGCUGAAGAUGGCGGCACCGGACGAGUUGUUUUGCUGGGAAGGAGACUGGGGUUUACCAUCCGUCAGCACCAACUGUCUGGUCGUCCUGGCCUACGCUCAGUUUGCAGGAGCUCCUCUCAAACUUCGCAAGAUCUCCAACCCCUGGAGGAGUCCCGGCGGUUCUCUUCCUGCUCUGAGGACCAACCAGAAGGAAACUCUGUCCAGACCCUCUGACAUCAUCAUCCACCUCAGAAAGCAGAAGUACAACGCUGACUAUGAUCUGUCAGCCAAGGAAGGAGCCGACAGCCUGGCCUUCAUCUCUCUGAUGGAGGAGAAACUCAUGCCUGCUCUGAUCUACGCAUUCUGGAUUGAACCGAAGAACUACGUGGACGUGACUCGCCACUGGUACGCCGAGCACAUGCCGUUCCCUCUGAACUUCUUCCUGCCUGGACGAAUGCAACGCCAACAGCUGGAAAAACUGCGACUGCUGCGUGGAGACGAGUGCCUGGAGGCCGGAGAGGAGCUAGAGAAGGAGUUGUACCAUGAUGCUGCAGAGUGUAUGAACCUGCUGUCCCAACGACUCGGCUCAAACAAGUUCUUCUUUGGAGACUCGCCUUCGUCUCUGGACGCCUAUGUGUUUGGUCACUUGGCGCCCGUUCUGAAGUCCAAACUGCCCAACGGGAAACUGCAGCAGCAUCUGAAGUCCCUCGACAACCUAACCAACUUCUGCACCAACAUCCUGUUGCUCUACUUCCCCAGAGACGGCCGAGAAAGCUCCAGUCAGAAGACAUCCUCUCAGCCUGAAGGCGGAGACUUCGACCACGUCCCCAACAAGCGGAGGAAGCAGUUCCUGUCCGCUCUGGUGGCUAUGGGCGCUAUGCUGAGCUACGCCCUCCUGACCGGAAUGGUGUCCAUCCAGCAAGUCCAGCAGGGGGCGCUGGAGGAGCCGCCGGACCUGGAGACCAUCGGAUCCCACGACCACGAGGAAGAAGGAGACGGCUGAGGGGGACGAACAGAUGCCAUCAUUGGACUUUAAGGACGGAAGUAAAAAUGUUCAGGAUAAGAUCCAGAAGUUUUUACUGUCACCAAAGAAAGUCACGGGGGAAGUGUCGGUAUGAAAUAUCCAGAUAUAAAAACAAAUAAAGUUCACCAACACAUCCAGGAGGAAGAUGUUGGUGACGGUUUAUGUACAGAAAUGAAUUAAAAGAUAAUUCUCUGUAUAAGUGGAGCAACAUAAUUUUUUCAAAUAUAACUUUGGUUAAAUUUUGUUUAAACUUUUGUUAAAUUUUUAAAUUCACGCUUUUAAGAAGAAACAUGGAUCGGCCUUUUCUUUAAAGAUAAAUUAAUCAGCUAUUUUUGGUUCACAACAACGUUAAACCCAGCAUAGUUCAGUUUCUGACCUGUUUCUGCCUUGAACUGAAGUAUCAUGAGAAUAACAAACAAUAAAUCUACAGAUGAAA